AUGCAUCGUUUCAACAUUGUUUCACUGGUGUGGAUGGCUUUGAUUGCUACAGCGACGCUCACAGGAUCAGCCGCUCAGAUUUAUCCUGAAGAAAUUAUACUCAAAGCCGGUGUGAUUCCAAGCAAAUCAUUUGGAGGCUUUAUGGCAGAUCUCCUAGAUCGGUUAGCAGAAAUUGCACUUGAAGACAAUGUGACUCUCACAGUUCAGAAGAAAACGAUCCAAGGGCUAUAUGGGUCCAACUUGGCCUUGAUUUCCCCUGAUUGCAAGGCGGGUGGAACGACUGAGGUCAACGGAGUUACAUACGAUUGUUCGGACUAUGACUUUAUCAUUGGUGACUUCUGGCCAAAUCCUGAACGGUAUAUGCUGGUCGAUUUUACCCCUCCUUGGCUCACAACCUCGGUAUCAACCAUGAAGCUCGCUGAAAAGACGAAGAGUCCACACCUUGAUGUCACAACACUAACUGAAGCUGAAAGAUCUGGGGUCCCAGUCUGUGCACUGGAGAGCUCAUAUUCCGCGUCGUUAGUAGCUGAAUCAUUUCCUGACAUCAAUAUUCUUCAUUGUGCUCCCUAUAGUACCGAAUACAGCUGUCUGGAUAUGCUUGAGAACGAGGAUUGCCAAUUGCUUGCCUCGGACGAGCUAGAUUUGAGAUCUUUACAAACGCAAUAUCCAUACUUCGAAAUGACAGGGGAGCAUUUGGUUAGGCAGCUCCUGGCCUGGCCCACGAGAAAAAACCUGGAUUCAACAAGCUCAUUUUUGCUCAAUAAGUGGAUCUAUGCAGCUAUCAGCAACCAUGUCAUCGACGAGCUGUACUUUGAAUAUUAUGAGAAGAAACUUUGUGCCAUUGGAACAGCUGGGGUAGACUGUGAGCUGCCAUGUGAUCCCGAUCACGGCUCUUCAAAUGCCCAGGGACAAUGUGUUUGCGAGUCGAUGCGAUGGAGAGGAGACGACUGCAGCGUGGAAGUACCACAAGAACUGAAUUUGAUACCUCCCACUGUUAAGGGAAUUGCAUACAGUAUGUUUGGACUCAACGCAUUUCUUGUGCUUGUUGGUGGAAUAUGGCUACGAGUCUAUUGGGACAGCCCUGCUGUGAAGUACAGUCAACCUGGGUUUCUUGCUCUAGUCCUUAUCGGUUGCUUUGCUAGCACAUCAACCAUCCUUGCAAUGGUACAGGAAGACGAAGAAGAUGGUCCCGUUCCAGCAUGCAUUGCAAUCCCAUGGCUAUACAGUGUAGGAUUCUCCAUCACGUUUGGAACGCUUUUCGCCAAGAUCCGCAGAGUGUAUGGAAUCUUCGCGGAGGCGCAUCGGAGCACAAAUAGGCGAGUUGUUGACUCAUCUCGACGAGCAUACACAUCUUGGCAAGAUACUCUUUCGAUGAUUGGUAAAGUGCUUCUUUUGGACGUUGUCAUUCUGGUACUAUGGACAGGUGUCGAUCCUCUCCAUUGGCAACGAGAGAUCAUUCGACAAGAUCAGUUUGGGUUUACGCUAGAGUCACGCGGCAGCUGUACAUCUGAAAACUGGAGACCAUUUCUUGGAGCACUUGUUGCUUUGCACAUCACACUUUGUGUCAUUGCUUGUUAUAUGUGUUAUGUAGCACGGAAUAUCCCAAGCAGGUACAGUGAGCACAAGUAUUUGACAAUUGCGAUGGUAUCGAAUCUACAAGUGUUUGCCAUUGGAGUCCCUGUAUUGAUAAUAACAGAAGACGAUCCGGCCUCCCACUUCUUUGUUCGAAGUGCAGUCGUUUGGAUGAAUGACUUUGUGGUACUCGCUUUGAUCUUUGGAAACUUGAUGUAUGCUGUACACUCUUCGAAAUCGCGUGGUCAGAUGACUGGAAGGGAAAAGCAAAAGGUGUCUGAAGCAGUACGAAGCUUUGAACCACGGCGCGACUCUGUCGGCCAUCGAAAAGGGUCCGGCGGAUCAUCACUGGAAAGAAACGAACGAAACGAACGAGGCUACAAUAAGAACAAGCCUGCUCCUAAAGAAGUGAGCACCGAGUCGUCAGAUAUUGAAAACGGGUCUGUUAUCCGUGCUCCUGGUACUGGAACACAAUGCACGUCAGGUUGUCGCUCUGCAGAGAAUACUAAAGAAACAUCAGAGAUCGCCAUUUCCGCACUUAGCAUGAGUGGAUUCGACGGAUCCAGCAGUCACGAUGGCAUGCCUAUACUGGUAAUUGGUGGUCCUACUACAAAGUCGAAAGAAGAAUCAGCCGCACGAUGGGGACAGUCACCUGGUAGUCCGUCAUCUGAUGAGAAAGGGGAACUGAUUAGUUCCUAUGGACCAUCGAUUCCAACCCGUGGGGAGACUGUUUUUGAUCAACCAGAAGAAGAUGGCAGUGGAGCAUUACUAUCAUCAAAUCCAGCAAUGUCGAAUUCCAGGGACGGAAACAACGACGGUUGUGUAGUACUAGCAGAAGAAGAAGAAGAAGAAAACCCGCAACAGCCGAAUGCCAUGGUAAUGAACAAUAAACCCCAUCAGUUCCUAGACCUGGCUGUGGAUGUAUCGGAACGUCUUACUUCUAUAGCAGAACUGGAGUGGAGCGAUGAAGAAGAGAAUCUUACAAAUCAGACGCCACAUGCGUUGUUGGAAUCUACUUCGCCUGAGCAAGCACCAAUUAUGCCAGUACGGGUCGAGUCGGAAGUUAUGGAGGCCUAG